AUGGAGAGAGAAAAUGAUGAAAACGCAAUCGAAAGAAGAGAAUCUGCAAUAGCAUCGUCAGCCAAUUUCAAGCCGAAAAGUGGAAUCACCGAGUCCCAGCUUGCCAAGUUUCAGGAGUUGCACAAGAGGCGUUUGAAAAUCAAAGCCAAGUCGAAAGCAGGGGGAAAAGGACAAAGCAAACCCCAUAAGAAGGUCGUUGAAGCUCGUGAGUGCACGGAACCCUGCAAAUCGGCUUCGAAUUAUGCAAUUGUUUCAAACUCAGAAGGCAAAACAGUAGAUGUUUCUCCCGAGGAAGGGAGCAAGUCAGCCGGGAACUCAACAAUGAAAAAACGGCAAAAGCUGUAUUGGGGGUAUUCUCGAAUUUUAGUGGACAUUUAUGUAUACUACAUCGACCUUCAC